AAAGGGCCCCAACCCAAGCGCAAAAAACUUCAAGUCACACUUGUUUCGGUCGUUCAUUUUUCGGAUCUGAGUUUCGCUCGUCGGGCCCGUACCCGUUUUCUGAAACCCGAUCGAGAAACCCUAAAACCACCGUAAACCACACCUUAGGUCCCUACCUCUAUAGCCGAGACGCGGCAUCUGGUUCGUUUUCCAUUUUUACGUCAACGAUCUGACGGCCGUUCGAGGAUUGAGAAGCGGAAGGCAGGAGUUCGUGUUUUAUCGGAACUGAUAUUAGUAUGAUUUUGACGGGUACUAGGUGAGGUGAGGCUGGGGUUCAAGCAGCAGUGUUUGUAAAGGUGAGGCAGGUGUCCUUGGGCUUGAGCUGAAAUGGUAAGUCCAGUACGAGAUAGGAUUAGGCAAUAUACAUCAUGCCAACUAGUUUGAAGGCACCCUAAAAGAAGGGUCUGCGUGAGGCAACAUCAGCCAGUCGCUUUCCUAGUUUCCUUGGUUUAGAAAUUGGGUGUUUAUAAAUGGCACCUGAGUGGCUAAUUUAAAGGCUGCUGAUGUGCAGACUGAAGCCAUGGUUUGAAUCCAGCAUCUUCCAUUUUGAAUGAGAUUCCUUUUUUCCAUCAUGAUAUAAGUAUCGCGAGAAAAAUAAUGGCGUCAAAAGGUCCGAGGUCUAAGCUUGAUCAUGAGACAAGAGCUAGGCGCCAAAAGGCACUUGAGGCGCCCAGGGAACCUCGUCGCCCUAAAACUCACUGGGAUCAUGUUCUAGAAGAAAUGCUUUGGUUAUCCAAGGACUUCGAGUCUGAGAGAAAAUGGAAAUUGACUCAGGCAAAGAAGGUGGCCUUGAGAGCAAGCAAGGGCAUGUUGGAUCAGGCGUCCAGGGGAGAAAAGAAAUUGAAGGAAGAGGAGCAACGGAUGCGGAAAGUUGCUCUCAAUGUUUCGAAGGAUGUGAAGAAAUUCUGGAUAAAGAUAGAGAAGCUGGUGCUUUACAAACAUCAGAUGGAGCUUGAUGAGAUAAAGAAAAAGGCGCUUGAUAAACAACUUGAGUUUCUUUUAGGGCAAACUGAGAGGUACUCAACAAUGUUGGCAGAAAAUCUAGUGGACUCGCACAAUCCAGUGCAACAGUCUCCAGUGCAGGAUCAUUUGAGUAUCCAAUAUAAGGAAGCAGAUGAAAACAAUGCUGAAGAAAUCUCAGAAUUUAAUAUUGAGCCUCAGUCUGAUGUUGCAGACAUUGAUGAAGAUUUUGAUGUGCAGUGUGAAGAUGAAUCAGAAGAUGAUGAGCACACUAUCGAGGAAGAUGAGGCUCUUAUAACUGAAGAAGAAAGGAAAGAAGAGUUGGAAGCCUUACAGAAUGAAACAGAUAUUCCUCUUGAGGAGUUGCUCAAACGGUAUGCCAGGGAUAAAGUUAGCAGAGAAACUAGUCCUGAGAUGGGUGAAGAUGAAGCUAAGCUGACUAUGGUGGAAGAAGAUCAUGAAACAGGCAGUGGAAAUGAUCCUUCUGAAAGCAAGACUGACUCAAGUGGCUCUCUUGUUCGUCGUUGUGAUGAAAGUAAUGGUGGCAUGCCUGUAUCAGAAAACCAUAUCUCAGAUAUUGAGACAUCUAAAUCGAAAAAGUCAUCAGAUGUCUCUAGAUUUUCAGCCCAAAAGCAUGAGAUUUACGAUUUUACUGAUGAACAGGAAGAUGGUGAUUUUAUUCUUGCUACUGCAGAAGACAAGGAUGAUGAGACAACCUUAUCUGAGGAGGAGGAAUUAGCAAAAGCAGAUUCAAACAAUCACAUAGAUGAGAUUGCAUUACUGCAGAAGGAGAGUGAGAUUCCGGUGGAAGAAUUGCUAGCAAGGUAUAGAAAGGAAUUCAGCAAUGAUGACAAUUCAGGGGAUGAAUCUGAUUAUGCCUCUGCUUUAUCAGAGGACCUCACAGGUUCUCCUACUGGGGAAAAUGUUAAAUUAAAGCAGCAGGAUAAUUCCACUGAUGAAAAUGUUGAUCCUAUUGAAAGCCAACUGUUGCAGCAUCCCCUUAUGGAAGAGCACGUAGCAGGAUUGGAGACAAAAUCAGAAGGAAGAGAGAACGAGGAUAGAAUUGCUGAUGCUGCUGCGGCAGCAAGAUUAGCUCAACCAACAGGAAUUACAUUCUCUACUACUAAAGUGCGUACAAAGUUCCCUUUUCUUCUCAAGCAUUCUCUACGGGAGUAUCAACAUAUUGGCUUGGAUUGGCUUGUGACCAUGUAUGAGAAAAGAUUAAAUGGAAUUCUAGCUGAUGAAAUGGGACUGGGAAAAACAAUUAUGACUAUAUCUCUGCUUGCACACUUGGCGUGCGAAAAGGGAAUAUGGGGUCCUCAUUUGAUUGUGGUUCCAACUAGUGUCAUGCUUAACUGGGAAACUGAGUUUCUUAAAUGGUGUCCUGCGUUUAAAAUUCUGACAUACUUUGGCAGUGCUAAAGAGCGCAAAUUUAAGAGGCAAGGUUGGUUGAAACCUAACUUCUUUCACGUAUGCAUCACAACUUACAGACUUGUUAUACAGGAUUCUAAAGUCUUCAAGAGGAAGAAGUGGAAAUACUUGAUUCUGGAUGAAGCUCAUUUGAUAAAAAACUGGAAGUCUCAAAGAUGGCAAACUCUUUUAAACUUUAAUUCUAAAAGGCGUAUUUUGUUAACUGGUACCCCCCUGCAGAACGAUCUUAUGGAACUCUGGUCAUUAAUGCAUUUCUUGAUGCCCCACAUCUUUCAGUCUCAUCAGGAAUUUAAGGAUUGGUUCAGUAAUCCAAUAUCAGGGAUGGUAGAGGGUCAAGAAAAAGUGAACAAAGAAGUUGUAGAUCGCUUGCAUAAUGUUCUUCGGCCAUUCAUACUUCGUCGGUUGAAAAGGGAUGUUGAGAAGCAAUUACCUAUGAAACAUGAGCAUGUCAUAUAUUGUAGAUUGUCAAGACGGCAGCGUAAUUUGUAUGAAGACUUCAUUGCAAGCUCAGAGACUCAAGCCACCCUUGCAAGCUCCAAUUUUUUUGGGAUGAUUAGUGUCAUAAUGCAACUUCGAAAAGUUUGCAACCAUCCUGAUCUAUUUGAGGGCCGACCAAUCGUAAGUUCUUUUGAUAUGAAUGGUAUUGAUAUCCGGUUGAGUUCUUCUGUUUGUUCAAUGCUGUCACCUGGUCUAUUUUCUACUGUCGACCUGAAAGGUUUGGGGCUUUUGUUUACUCAUCUUGAAUUUAGCAUGACUUCAUGGGAGAGUGAUGAGGUAAAUGUCAUUGCUACCCCACCAGCCUUGAUUAAAGAGCGUGUUGACCUGCGUAGUCUAGAAGAAAUCGGGCCAUUCUCUAAACAUAAAAAGUUAAAUGGGACAAAUAUAUUUGAAGAGAUUCAGAAGAAAAUAUUGGAGGAGAGAUUGAGAGAAGCUAAGGAUCGAGCAGCAUCAAUUGCUUGGUGGAAUUCGUUGAGGUGCCAGAAAAAACCUGUAUACUCAAAAACUCUGAGGGAACUUGUAACUGUAAAGUAUCCUGUUCAUGAUGCUCUUCAUCAAAAGACUGAUCGUAUAUCCUACUUGUACUCCUCUAAACUUGCUGAUAUUGUUCUUUCACCAGUUGAACGGUUUCAGAACAUGAUUGAUCUGGUUGAAAGUUUCAUGUUUGCAAUUCCAUCAGCUCGUGCCCCUGCCCCAGCUUGCUGGUGCAGUAAAAGUGGAGCUUCUGUGUUUCUGCACCCAACUUAUAAGGAAAAAUGUUCUGAAGAUUUAUUGCCUCUUCUUUCUCAUAUUAGACCAGCAAUUGUCAGGAAGCAGGUAUAUUUUCCAGACAGGCGUCUGAUACAAUUUGACUGUGGUAAGUUGCAGGAGCUUGCAAUUUUGCUCAGAAAAUUAAAAUCUGAAGGUCAUCGAGCAUUAAUAUUCACACAGAUGACAAAGAUGCUGGAUAUUUUGGAGGCUUUCAUAAAUUUAUAUGGUUACACGUACAUGCGUUUGGAUGGAUCAACUCAACCAGAGGAGAGGCAAACAUUAAUGCAGCGGUUUAAUACAAAUCCUAAAAUAUUUCUUUUCAUUUUAUCAACCCGUAGUGGAGGUGUAGGGAUCAACCUUGUUGGUGCAGAUACAGUUAUCUUCUAUGAUAGUGACUGGAAUCCUGCUAUGGAUCAGCAAGCUCAAGAUCGCUGCCACCGGAUAGGACAGACACGUGAAGUACAUAUCUACCGGUUGAUUAGUCAGAGCACUAUUGAAGAGAACAUCUUGAAAAAAGCAAAUCAGAAACGUGCUCUUGAUGAUCUAGUGAUACAGAGUGGAGGAUACAACACUGAAUUUUUCAAGAAGCUUGAUCCUAUGGAGUUGUUUUCUGGUCAUAGAACGCUUCCUGUUAAAAAUAUGCAGAAGGAGAAACAUAACAGCAGUGGAAUUGAGGUUUCUGUGUCUAAUGCUGAUGUGGAAGCUGCUUUGAAAUGUGUAGAAGAUGAAGCAGAUUACAUGGCAUUAAAGAGAGUUGAACAGGAAGAGGCUGUUGAUAACCAAGAGUUUACAGAAGAAGCCAUUGGGAGACUCGAAGAUGAUGAGCUUGUAAAUGAAGACAAUGUGAAGUCUGAGGAGCCUGCUGAUCAGAGUGGCUUGAUCAGUACUUGUAACAAUGAUAAUGGGUUGAUGUUAAAUGGCACUGAUCCAAAUGAGGGGAGAACUCUUGCUUUUUCUGAGAAAGAAGAUGAUGUUGACAUGCUGGCUGAUGUCAAACAGAUGGCGGCAGCUGCGGCAGCAAGUGGACAAACUAUUUCAUCUUUUGAGAAUCAGCUACGUCCAAUUGAUCGAUAUGCCAUACGUUUUAUGGAGCUGUGGGAUCCUAUAAUCAACAAGACAGCUGUGGAAUCUGAAUUUAGAUUUGAGGAGACAGAGUGGGAACUAGAUCGUAUAGAGAAGUUUAAGGAGGAAAUGGAAGCUGAGAUUGAUGAUGAGGAGGAGCCGUUUGUAUAUGAAAGAUGGGACACUGAUUUAGCAACUGAGGCGUAUCGACAGCAAGUUGAAGCUUUGGCUCAACAUCAAUUGAUGGAAGAAUUAGAAGAAUUGGAAGCUAAAGAGAAGGAAGACGCAGAUGAUGGAAACGUUGAAUCUGUGAAGGCGCAUAAACCGAAGAAGACUAAAAAGAGGCCAAAGAAAGCAAAGUUCAAGUCUCUCAAGAAAGGGCCCCUAUCUUCUGAUUUGAAACAUGUAAAAGAAGAGCCUACUGUGGAAUCCAUGUCCAUAGAGGAUGAUUUAUAUGAUGAGGAGGGCAGUUAUUCCGAUGUGAUGCUACCUCCUCCAACUGUGCAGACAAAACGUAAGAAGGCUGAAUUAGUUUUGUAUGAUGAAGAAGAUAAGGAUAAGAGCUCAAAGAAGUCUAAGAAACUCAAAAAGGCUCAUCCUGAAAGAUGUCAUUUACUUGAUGAUUCCACAGAAUCAAAAUCAUGUGAGGGUGCCACUGUUGAUCUUGAGCAGAAACCUGCAAAUAGGAGCAAGACAGGAGGAAAAAUCUCCAUUACUGCCAUGCCAGUGAAGCGGGUUUUAAUGAUAAAACCAGAGAAACCAAAAAAGGGUAAUGUUUGGUCAAGAGAUUUUGUUCCAUCACCUGAUUUUUGGCUGCCACAAGAGGAUGCCAUAUUGUGUGCUGUUGUUCAUGAAUAUGGUCCAAACUGGAGCUUGGUUAGUGAAACACUCUAUGGAAUGACUGCUGGUGGGACUUAUAGGGGGAGAUAUCGCCACCCUGUUCAUUGUUGUGAACGGUUCAGAGAACUAUUCCAAAGAUACAUUCUGUCUGCACCAGACAGUUCUUUUAAUGAAAAGACGAGCAACAUGGGCUCUGGCAAGGCUCUUCUCAAAGUAACAGAGGAUAACAUUAGAAUGCUGUUAAAUAUUGCUGCCGAACAGGCAGAUAAUGAAUUACUUCUUCAAAAGCACUUCACCGCUCUUCUCUCAUCUGUCUGGAGGGUCAGGUCUCGCGCUCAAUGCCGACAAAGUCUCCCAUCAUCACGAAAUGGUUUUCGCUUCGGUGAAAGGUUUUUCAAUCCUUUUGACCAUAAUUAUAAUUCCAUGAAGGAACUACCAGCACAAAAGAUAAAAUUCACUAAUUUAGGGCAGCAUCGCAAGCUAUUAUUUGCAGCUCUUCACGAGGCAAGCAGUAGCUCACAGGAUGACAGAGUUUCCCUUUCUGGUCGAAGGGAAGAUAGUCUAGUCAUCACAGAACAGUUGGAUGUUAUGUUGGAAGUCCAGAGGGAGUUGAAUGACUCCAUGACUCCAUUCCCAUCUGCUAUAAAUUUAACAGUCUAUGGCUCAGACUCUCAGACAUUGGUAAACAAGGCGGCUGGAGAAGAUAACCAUCUUAGAGUUACGCAAAAUGUGGCUGAAAGCCGAUUCAGGGAUGCUGCUAGAGCUUGUACCGAGGAUAGCUGUGGUUGGGCUUCAUCUGCUUUCCCAACAAAUGAAGCCAGGUUGCGCUUAGUUCCGAAGUUGCCUUCCUUAGGAAAGCACAAGCUCUCCUCCGACUCUGUGAAGCCUCCAAAAUCAAAACACAAAAAGACCUCAAUAGAGCAUGGCAAUAUGCGACAGUUCCUUCUUGAGCAAGGAUUCCAGCCAACACUGCCAAUGCCGCCUAUCACCGCAAAAGAUCCCAAUUUACGGUUUGAUCUGACUCCUGCAGUCAUUCAAGAGGGCUGGUCUGAUGAUGCAGCAGAUAGUAAUGCCUUUCCCUGCGUGGACGAGGACUUUUCACUGGGUAUGGAGAGCUUGGAAGUGGCGCCUAAUGACUAUUUCCCUGAUCUUCUCUCGGGCCUUGAAGACUGUUCAAUAUUGCCGGAGUACAGUGACAUUGGGUAGACUAAUUUGAGAACCUCAACUCUAUGCAAUGUUCUGGGUUAAUCUUCUAACGGUCUACAAUCGGGGAUGGAGGUUCCCUCAGCUACUGUCUGGGUUGAUGAAUUGUUCGACUUGGACACUACAACCGUGCUCUCGGGGUACAAUUGGAUGGAUUGGAUGCCGAUUUAGACUUGGAGAAAGAGCCCUUUUUGGCAGGUUUGCCUGUUUGCACCAAGCUGAGAGUUUUGGUUAAUGUUAUGUAUGUGGAGGCUGUAAAGGUGGAUUAGCUUAGCGUUAGAAUCUUAGCUUAGAGAAUACAAAUUUGUCCCAAAAUUUUGUAUUUAAUUCAUUAUCGGGAAGUUUGUACUAAUUUUUUUUAUUAGCUGGCCACUGAAAAUGGAGAUUUUGGUACAUUUUCCUUAAUAUAGAGGAACGUAGAUUAGGCAAAAUUAGUCGUUAAUUAAUUAUCCCGUUUCCAUUUCCCUCUAACAUAUAGUUUUAUUUUUAUAUAUCAAGCAUCAGUUUUCUUA